UGAAAUUAAGUCAAAAUAAUAUUUCAUGGGUAGAAUGUGAUGCAGAGCAUUUACCAAUGGAACCAGAUUCAUAUUCAGCCUAUACUAUUGCAUUUGGAAUUAGAAAUGUCACACACAUUGAUAAAGCUUUAGAUGAAGCUUAUAGAGUACUCGAACCAGGAGGUAGAUUCCUUUGCUUAGAAUUUAGUCAAGUUAAUCCAGAAGCUUUAAGAUGGAUAUAUGAUCAAUACUCAUUCAAUGUGAUUCCUGUUAUGGGCCAUGUAGUUGCCAGCCAAUGGAGACCUUAUCAAUAUUUAGUAGAAAGCAUUAGAAAAUUUCCUUGUCAGGAAGAUUUCAAAUACAUGAUAGAGUCAGCAGGCUUCAGAUGUGUCACAUACACCAACUUAACAUUUGGUGUUGUAGCAAUUCACUCAGGAUUCAAAUUAUAGUACUUUUAAUAAAAUCAAAAACAAUAUCAUAAAUAAUAAUGACACUAUAAUUAUGUGAGAAUAUAGAACUGUUAAUUUAAAUUUUUUUAGAAUUUAUUAAUUUUUUGUUAAGAUGCUACUUGAAACAUUCUUGUUUACACCAGUCAAAGAACACAAAAUAAAUGUUAUAUAUCUAUGUUGCAAAAAAAAAAAAAAAAA